AUGGCUGCUAUGGAUAUGCUCACAGGCGAUCAGGUCCGCCGUCUCGUAGCACUCCUCUACUACUUGUGGGUGGCAAGAAACGAAGCCAUGUGGGAGGGGGCAUUGAGGAGGCCGGUAGUGGUCUCGAAUCGAGCAGUCUCGGCGGAGGCAGCCUACACAGCAGUCCACACUCAUGCAACUCGGGCAGCGCCCACUGCCGCGGUGCCGGUUGCGGCCGGUCGGCUGAAAUGCCACUUCGACGCCGGGUACGAUCCGGCAUCCGGCCAGGCAACGUACGUCGCUGUUUUGAUCGAUCACGAUGGCAUGUUCAAAGUUGCGGCCAACGGGAAGCUCCCAGGGUGUUUUUCGCCUCUCAUGGCGGAGGCGUUGGCGUGCAAAGAAGUAUUGUCGUGGCUUAAAAACCGAAACGAGGUUGAGGUGGAUGUUCUGACGGAUUGUCUUGUAUUGAAGAAUGUUGUUUGCUCAGUAUCUACGCCGAAUUUAUCUUACGUUGGAAUCGUGGUAGAUCAAUGUAAGGCAGCUAUCAGUAGUUUUGAUUAUUGUUCGCCCAGUUUUAUUACUAGAACGCAUAAUUUACAUGCGUAUUCACUAGCUAGAUUAGCUUAUGAUCAGGAUCACUCUAUGUAUUAG